AUGUCUGAAGAUGUCGUUAUGUGUUUCAAGUAUUGUGCAAACCGAUGUGAUUAUACCAUAUUCAUCGCUGAGUACGAAUCCUUCCUGAAUGCAAUUUCUGAACUUCUGAAGCCAGCCUCUUUUCCAAAAGAAUUCGAGUGCAACUUUGUGUCUAUGCACUUGAAACUUUUUGUGGAAUUUUUGCGAAAUCGGGACCAACCAAACGACUCUGAUUGGCCAGCGUUGUUGUAUUUAGAAAGGAAUGUUCCUGAAUUGUUGCAUGAUAUGAAAUAUUCUAUAUUGAAAGGAACCUGGGAUCCGUUCUACUGGAAGUAUCGUUCCAAAUUUGACUACAUGAUCCAAAAAUCUAGGAAUCAAAAAGUCAUCGACUUCCAAAUUCAAUGUAACGGUGAUUGCUUUGAAAGUUUUAAGCUACGAGAUUUUGCUUUCAAUUUCAAAAAGUCAAAUGCGGACUACAUGCCUCCAUAUAUAAACACAGCCCUUCGGACACCUCUCAAAUCCAAUAACAAGGGAAAUGUUUCCAAUGAACUUGGGAAAACUCCUGUAAAAAGGGAAAAUAAUGAACUCGGUCGCUGCAAAGCUCAUACUAAUUUUCAAAGCAAGACAGCACGUGUCAUAUUUACACCAGCCUCUCUGCCAGAAAAAAUAUGGUUGUUUUCAGACAUGUACAAUAUUUGGUCAAAUAUAUUGAUUCUAAAAGAAGCUAUGGCAGGGUCCGGCUCGGCAAAGGCCCGAUUUGCAAGACAAUGUAUAUUCACUGCUUGUAUUGGAAUAAAAAAGAAUAUGAUUCGAAGGAUGAUCGAAAAAGAACGGAUGGAAAUGAAAAAGGAUUUCAUUCAAAGGCUGGAACUAAUAACACAAUACCAGAAUAAACUCGAAGAACUAAAAUCCCUCGUUUUGGGAAUGUUUCUACAGGAAAACGAUAAUACGGAAAUUAUUGAAAAGUCACAGAACUGUAUAGAAUCAAUGAAAGCUCGUUUAGAAUUAAAGAAAGAAGAGCUGGAUGAAGAAACAAGUGAACGAGAGAGUUAUUUAUUCAUAGAAGAACAGCUCGGAGGGUCGGAAAAUGAAGAAAGAAUGGAUUCUGAAAAUUCCAAUAUAAACCCUUCCAGUGUUGCUGGUUCCGUAGAAUCUAGUUCUUGUGAGUGUCCAACUUGUACAAUGAAUUUGGUAUGGAACAAGAUAGACGAAAACCAAACCGCUUCAGAAUCUGUUAGCGAGAAUAAUCAGAAGAAAUUGGAGCAGCUACAACAACUACUUAUCUUAACGAAGGAAAUGAAAAAUGAACGGGAUGAGAAGAUGAUAGAGGGUUUAAAGAAAGACAAGGAGGAGAGAAAUAUGAAAGUUGAUGAGUUGCUCUCAGAAAUUGAUUCUAAACUUCAAACAGGAGAACCAGGAUAA